UUUCUAAUUUUUCUACUGGUGUUCAUACCAGCAUCGGAGGCUUGUUAUUGAGAUUUGAGACGUAACCGAUUUUGCUCAUUUUUCUGUCACCUCCUACAUAUAAUAAAGAUCCGAACAAUCAACAACUUGAACAACUGCUCCGCUCGGUAGAUUCAACAGCGCUCGCUAUGUUUGCUAAAUUUUUUGAAAAACUCAAUCCCACGCCACCGAAUAAUGCACCCGAAGGAAGUGAAAAAUUGUCAGACCUGGAAGCAACAGUUUCUGUUCACUAUGGGAUUCCAUCUACAGCAUCCAUUCUGGCAUUUGACCCUAUUCAGCAACUCUUGGCAAUAGGAACAUUGGAUGGAAGGAUUAAAGUGAUUGGUGGAUCUAACGUCGAGGGCCUUCUUUUCUCUCCUAAGCCAUUGGCGUUCAAGAAUUUGGAGUUCCUGCAAAACCAAGGAUUUUUAGUGGGCGUCUCAAAUGGAAAUGAAAUUCAGGUUUGGGAUCUAGAGAACAGGAGAAUAUCUUCUAGUUUACAGUGGGAGUCCAAUAUUACUGCAUUCUCCAUUAUCUAUGACACUCAUUACAUGUUCGUGGGAGAUGAAUAUGGUUAUCUCUCUGUUCUGAAGUACGAGGAAGGAAUCAUGGAACUGUUACCUUAUCACAUGCCUCCGAAUCUUAUAGCUGAAGCUGCUAAUAUUUCAAUGCCCGACCAACUCGCCAUUGUUGGUUUACUUCCCCAACCUAGUUCACAUGGAAAUAGGGUCCUGAUUGCUUAUGAGAAUGGAUUAAUUGUUCUUUGGGACAUUACAGAAGAUCGAGCUGCUCUUGUUAGAGAGUUUAAACAACACCAAUUAAAGGAUGAAAUUGUUGUUUAUGCUUCAAAAAAUGCUAGUGAAGAGAAGUUUUGUGCUUCAUCAGAUAAUCAAGAAGGCGAAAAAGAAAUAAGCUCACUCUGUUGGUUGUCAUCUGAUGGGUCAAUUUUGGCUGUUGGUUAUGUUGAUGGCGAUAUUUUGUUGUGGAAUAUAUCAGUUCCUGGCAAGAAAAGUCCAGAGGCUGAAGCUUCGUCUAGUUAUGUAAAGCUGCAGCUCUCAGCAGGAGACAAAAGACUCCCUGUUAUUAUUCUGCGUUGGUCCGCUAAAAAUACACAGAAUGGUUGUGGGGGCCAACUAUUUGUCUACGGUGGUGAUUCAAUUGGAUCAGAAGAAGCCUUGACGGUUCUGAAUCUUGAUUGGUCCUCCGGGAUAAAAGCAUUGAAAUGUGUUGGUCGAGUAGACCUUGGACUUGAUGGAUCUUUUGCAGAUGCCAUUGUUGUUUCAAAUGCUAAUGAAACAGGAAUUGAUGAUGCUUCUUCCUUGUUUGUGUUGUCAAAUCCAGGGAAACUGCACUUUUAUGACAAGGCCAGCUUGUCUGCUUUAAAAUCUAACCCAGAGAAGAAGCAUGCAGAUUUUGCUGUUAAGUAUCCUACACUUGUACCUACCCUUGAACCACGUAUAACUGUGGCAUACCUAUAUCCAGUGGAUAGGAAAUGGAAUUCCUCAAGGACUCCUUCAGAGGAAGUUAUGGUUGCGCAAAUCCGUCCAGCUCAUGGUGUGACUGAAUUGGAAAUCAAAAUGCCUCCAAGUAGUAUUCCCAGACAACCUACCAAGGAUGAUGGAAUAGAGAGAAUACUUGUUGCUGGCUAUUUGGAUGGAUCUGUCCGUCUGUGGAAUGCAACAUUUCCAGUCUUUACACUUUUAGCUGUUCUGGAAUCUCAGUUUCAUUGCCAUGAGCUUACAUGUCAAAAGUAUGAUGUUGGGGUGAAGGGAAUUCAAGACACUGGUCCUAGAACAGCAAUAUCCGCUUUGGACUUCUCCUCUACUGCUUUAACACUUGCCAUUGGCCACCAAUGUGGCCAGGUGCAUAUGUAUAGCCUCAAGGGGAAGUCUAAGACAACUAGCUCCAACUUGGCUACAGAUGCUGAACAGGACGCUCACUUCUGUCCAGGUGAUACUGGAUUUCAGUUUUCCCUCAUAAAAUCUCCAGUAUGCAUCCUAAAAUUUGUAGCUGUGGGUGCCAGGCUUGUUGCAGGUUUUGAAAGUGGCCAGGUUGCCAUGCUUGAUGUUAGUUCAUCAUCAGUUUUGUUCAUUACGGAUUGUUCAUCCAGCUCAAGUUCCAAAAUCACUUCUGUGGCUGUGAAAACAUUGGGUAAUGCUCUUGAAGACACUGUGGAACAAAGUGAAGAGGGAACAAGAAAUGCAUGUGUGAAGGAGGUUAUUUCAGUAUUAAACAGAGAUGCAGAAGUAGUAUUGCUUGAUGGCUCCACUGGCAAAAAAAUUAGCUCCCAGGCAAAACAUCCAAAGGAGAUGUCAACUGCUAUAUCUCUAUAUAUUUUAGAUGGCAUUACAUCUGUCUCUGAAGAAUCGCAAAAGCAUUCUUCAACGCAAGACAGCGCCGUGCAGCCUGAAGAUUUGAUGCAGAAGUGUAUUGAUUCACAAAUUUUACUUUGUUGUCAGGAGGGCUUGCAUUUAUUCUCCUUAAGUUCUAUAAUUCAGGGCGAUAUCAACCCUAUACAUGAAGUGAAACUUGCUAAACCGUGUUCUAGGACUUCCAUUCUUAAGAAUGACAUUGAAAAUUUUGGACUGGUUUUAGUGUAUCAGAAUGGAGCAGUUGAAGUAAGGUCCUUGGUGGAUCUUGCUGUCUUGGGAGAAUCCUCAUUAAUGCCUAUUCUUCGAUGGAAUUCCAAGAUAAACGUGGAUAAGAUCAUAAGUUCUCCUGGUAAAGCGAUGAUUUCACUGGUGAAUGGGUCUGAAUUUGCUGUCAUUUCACUGUUGGCCUUUGGAAAUGACUUCAGGGUUCUGGAUGCCUUACCUUCACUUUAUAAGAAAUCUCUCGCAACUGCUGUAGAUGAUGUCAGUGCAUCCCAACAUCAAAAGAAGAAACAGAAUGUUACCACCAGUAUUUUUGGUGGCAUCGUGAAAGGGUUGAAAGGGCUUAAAGGACAGCAGGCUGCUGAUUCUGUGAAUGCUCGAGAUGCUCUUGUUUCUCAUCUGGAAAACAUAUUCUCGAGAUUUCCUUUCUCAGACCCUACAGAUGUAACAGAUGACCUUGGAAGCCUGGAACUGAAGUUAGAUGAUAUUGAAAUUGAUGAACCUGUUCAUGUUGCUUCGUCAUCUCUCAGCAGUGAUGAUGUCAAAAUAGAAAAGGAAACCAAUAGAGACAGGUUGUUGGAAGGUGGUUCUAGUGAUGCCAAGCCAACAGCUAGAACUCGUGAAGAAAUCAUUGCUAAAUAUAGAAACAAGGGGGAUGCGGCCUCUGCUGCAUUACAGGCAAAAGAUAAGCUUCUCGAGCGUCAGGAGAAACUUGAUAGGCUCAGUAGAAACACUGAAGAAUUACAAAAUGGUGCGGAGAACUUUGCGGAUCUUGCAGGUGAGCUUGUCAAAGCCAUGGAGAAACGCAAGUGGUGGAACCUCUAAUAGUUUGGUAAACAACACGCAGAAAAGGCAUAAUUGUACAUAUUAUAAACGUGUAUCAUACAUUACUCUCUGUAUGUUAAAUAAAUGCUACAGAAAAAGCAAAAUUGACUAAUUUGUUGGAGGUCACCUCAAACGAACAUUAACUAUUGAUUUAGUCGGAGAAGAAAAAAGUGAGAAUUUAUAUCACAUUCUCUAUAAACUGACCACAACAAUGGACGGCAGUUGCCAUAAAUCACACUUUGUGAUUUAGAGUAUGCCGUCAAACAUCACAAGGCGGAGAAUUUUGUUCACUUUUA